UUAACCGGGUUUCUUAACUGGGGUCUGAUGCGGAAGGGCAGGCACCCUUUCCUCUGCGGCCAUCUCCAGCCCAUAAGCAUCCUGGAGGAACCUGGUGCACGCAAGGUCCGGCUUCUCAGCGCCUGCCCUGGGGACCGUCCCUUGGGCUGAGCCAGUCCAGUGCGGAGGGGGAGCUCUGGCACACAGCAGCGCCGCGGCAAGUGUCCGGUGGCCAGGGGCGGGCGCCGCUGCAGAAAGCCCACGGCCGAGCACUGCAGCCAUCUUCGGGGUGGAGGCAGAGAAGGGGCGCGGCCUUGGCUUGGAGCCGCCCCGCCAGAGCGGCGCACCGCGGACUUCCCUGCUCCAGCGGCGCCCGGGCCGCGCAGAGGCCGCCAUGGGCUGUGCGCGCUGGCUGGUGCUGGGCGGCCUCCUGGCCCUGGCCAGGCUGCUGCAGGCCCGGCUGCUGCUCCCGAAGCAAGAGGGCUUCGGCGAGUGCGACCGCUUCUUCUACGCGGGGACCCCGCCCGCCGGGCUGGCGACCGAGGCGCACGUGAAGAUCUGUCAACGCUUCGCGGGCUCCGAGCGCUUCGCCACUCUGUACAGCCCGGGCCACCGCAUCCCCGUGUUCUCCGCGUUUCGCGCUGCUCGCCCCGCCUCACGCAGUGCAGAGCAGCGCGGGCUGCUGGAGCCGCAGAUUGAUGACCCCGACAGCAACCUUGAGGAGGUAAUUGACGAGGCUGACGCUGUCACCUCUGUGAACAAUCUGGGAAGCAAGCAAGCCUUGAGAGCGCACUACCUUGACUCUGACUAUGUAGUAGGACAGCUGUACCCGUUUCCUCUUAGCAGUGACCCCCAGAUGCUCACAUUUCCACUCACAAAUUCAGUCCCGAUGACCCCGACUUUCCGGGAACGGUGGCACAUGAAUCUCAACAGCCUCAUGGACCGAGCCUUGAUCCCACACUGCAGCGAUGGCCAAGACCUGUAUAUCCUCACAGGUGCUGUUCCCUCAGAGCACAAAGUUAAGGGCAAAGUGACUGUCCCUGAAUUUGUCUGGCUGGCAGCUUGCUGCGCGGUCCCCGGAGGAGGCUGGGCCAUGGGCUUCAUCAAGCACACCCAGGGCAGUGAUGUCAUAGAAGAUGUGAUGCUGAGAGACCUUGAGAAGCUGCUUCCUCAUAAGCCUCAGCUGUUCCAGGACAACUGUGGUGAGACGGAGCAAGAUACAGAGAAGAUGAAGAAGAUUCUGGAAGUGGUCAACCAAGUCCAAGAUGAGGAGCGGUCUCUGCAGUCUCAAGAGAGCAUGAGUCCCCUUCCCAGCACCCACAGCCAGAGGUCUGCCCUGCUGCCCCCAGAAGGACCACCAGAGGGAGGGGGCAGUUUUCUGGGACAAGUCCUGGGUUUCCUUGCUACUCCGUUCAUUAAGCUUUUCCAGAUAAUUUAUUACCUUGUUACAAUGGCCUUAAGGAAUAUAGUCCAUCUCCUUUGGUUUGUUGCCAAGCAGGUGAUGAACACUGUUGAGAGUUGCCUGUGCCGUCUGUGUGAAGCCACUGCCUCAUACCUGGUGGCCAUUGGACAAGAGUUGGUGAGCAUUCCCUGGAAAGUGCUCAAGGUCGUGGCCAAAGUCGUCAGGGCCUUCCUCCGGAUCCUCUGCUGUCUGCUGAAGGCUGUCUGCCGAGCUCUGGGCAUCCCUCUCCGCGUCCUCGUGGAUGUAGCUACUUUCCCUGUGCAUACUGUAGGGGCCAUUCCCAUAGUGUGCAAGGACAUUGCUGUGGGCCUGGGUGGCACCCUCUCGCUCCUCUUCGACACUGCUUUUGGCACCAUGGGUGGCCUGUUUCAGAUUGUUUUUAGUGUCUUCAAGCGGAUUGGCUACAAGGUUACUUUAGACAAUUCCGGGGAGUUAUAGAACUCAAAAACCUAGUAAUGUCCAUUGUGGUGAAGUUUGAUUUUUUUUUUCUUUUAAACAGCAGGUUUCUGUUCCUUGUCAGCUAUUGUGUUAUGUUUGCCCAGUGGGUGUGUAUUUUUCUGCACAAGAGUAUGGCACGCUUUAGAUUUGACCAAAGAGAAAUGUUCAGGGCAGGUUUAGUGUCAUUCUCCACAAGCAUCUGUAACUACACAGGUGUGCUUCCCUGAGCCCGGUAACUUCAGCACAGUGCUCCGACUCAGGGAGACACCUGGCAUGACCCAGGCCUAUUAUGAAAAUUAUAAAUAAGGAAGAAGAGGGUGACAUUGCUGUAAGAAACGGUAUUUUGUGUCUCCCAUUACUCUUGGAGAUUUAAGGCAAACUAGAUCUGAAUGUUGUUACCCAGUCUCAGCAUCUCCUCUCCUACCCAGCUGACCCUAGCAACGAGCCAGUGACUGCUCUGUUAAACUCCCUCUCUCGCGGAGGCUGCAUCUGCUUUACCUAGGUCUCCAAGGCUUGGUUGAGUUUAAUUUUCUCCUAGAGUUGAAUUUUGCUGGUUCACAAUAAGCAUUUUAUGCCAAAGGCAACAUAAUAAAAUUUGAAUGCAGCCCCAGUUGGAGCAGGCCUGGUCCCUCCAGGUGUAAGGAGGAAGCGGGACGUGGGUGCCGUGUCCUCGGGAGGCGUUGUCCCAGUUAUGUUAUAUCAUUGGUUGACAACAUCAAACACAAAGAUCUACAUGUUAAUCUAAUAGGAAACUUCAUAUUUUGCAGCAUCUAAUCCAUCAAGUGAGUAUUCAGUACCAUAAACCAGUCUGACUUCUCUCCUGAAACAAUUAUUUGUGAUAACUAGGUAAUAGAAAAGGUGGAAAACAUUCUGAUCCUCUUGGGUAGAAGUCUAUGUGUAUAUAUAUUGAAGAAUUACUAUCUCUUAGAACAUUUUUAUAGUGUGUUUGAGGCUAGAAAACAAUAAGUCCUUCAUUAAUGCAAGUUAAAUUUGAGAACUUAUUUCCAAUUUUGAUCAAUCACUUAUUAUUUUAAAUCUUGCACUAGAAAUUAUAACAAAAGGAGCCAAACUUGCUCUGUGGGAACCGAGCAUUCCCACGGUAAGGAUGGACUGUCUAGUGUUUUUUUCUCAGCGUUCUAAAGAGUCGCUGUGAAGGAGAGAAGGGCCAAGCGUGCACUUACCUUAGGGCUGUGGCCCAGGGCUGUCUGGAAAUUAGUUGUAAAGACUUGGAGCCUAGAAGAAAAACACAGAGGGUGCGACCGUAAGCUGUCCCCAGGGAGCUGGCACGUGAGAAUGUUUAUGUAGCCAGAACUAAAUUUUGCAGGAAAGAUUUGAAAAGCACCAGAGAGGACUAACAGCCUGCAAGCUUUCAUGCAGCCAUAACUGGAAAUCCGGACAGCAGGCUAGGCCUUGCCCAGGUAGAUGCACACCGUGUAUCAAGACUCAUAGCUGUAUUUGCCAUGAGUUUUCUGUCAGUGGGAGAGUGAGGGCUUACCUUCGUACUGAUGAGUCCAAAAGGGGACUCUUGGAAGUUGCGGGAGAAACAGUCUGGCCAAACUCUCAUUUGUUUAGGACCCAGAGGCUCAAGGAGACUGUAUCUGACCUUGCUUGCAGGGCUCAUCGAAGCAGGUCAUGGUGAGCUAGGACACCCCGUCACACUAGAGUGUGCCUCCCUGGGUGUACCUAGGAUUUUACCAUUUAUCAAAGAUGCCAGGCUCUGUAUCAACUGGAUGUGGCAUGGUUAACGAAAUACCAGGUAUUCACUGAUGACACUGUGCUGACUGCCUCUCAGUGAAGCCCCCUUCCCUUUCAGUGAAUAUUUGCAUUCUGCAUAGGGCGCAAACCCCUUAUAAGGAAUCACUUGGAAAUACCCCCCACUCAACCCCUGCCACCGUAUUCAGCUGUCUGGUUAUUUAUUUUUGUGUGGCUUUUUUUUUUUAAUAUGAGAAACAAUAAUAAGAGAAAAUUAUGUCCUUCAGGCUGGAGGGCUGAGACCUUCAUCCUGGAGUUUCGUGUUGGCACGGCCUGUGGUUCACUGGAGCUGGGUGUAUUUGUUUUUAAAGUCCUACCAGAUCUCUGGGCCGAAGGCCCAUUCCCAGAAGGCUAUUAGGCUUCUGACACGGGGGUUUGGGAAGCGGAACCCUGUCUUCAACUUGGAGCUUUGGCUGUGGCUUCGUUCUGCUCUCGGGCCCUUGGGGAAGAUGGCCAACUGUGUCACUCCCGAAGCUGCUUUUCCAGCCUGUGUCAGCCAUGUUCUCAGACAGGCCACUCUCCUUAGUGCCUUUCCACCCAAUGCAAACUAGGGAAUGGAAGCAGCCCCAGGGAGGCUUCCUCUGUGGUCUUCCAUCCAUCGAGCUAGUGAGCAUGUAUUCGGUCAUCAAGGUUACAGGGGUGGAAAAGGCUCCACUGUAAGGAGGCUCCAGUGCAGUAGAAAGACAAGGUACAACCCAUGCUGCGACGAAUCACCGCAAGCACGCACUGAGGAUAUCUGACCCGUUCCCCACAGCACAGGAAGAAAACCUCCAAGACCAGGAAGAUGAACACCGUUAGAGAGGAUGAGACAAAACCAUGUUGACCAUAACUAUGUACAGUGCUGUGCACCUGCUCAAUAAAGUCACUGCUGACAGCUUGCUGGUUCUGA